AGGUUCCUUCUCUCAGUCCCGCUCUCCACACUCGUUCUGUUUCACUUCCCAGUUCCCAGUGAAGAAAUUGAAAAAUUCUCACAUUUCUAAACAGUUUUAUCUUUCUCUUCCUGCAUUCUCAGCAGCAGCUCCGAUUGACGCCGAUGAGCUUCUUCCUAUCAGAUACACAAGUAUAUACACAUUGAGAGAGAGAGAGAGAGAGAGAGAGAGAGAGAGACAGCGAGAGUAUCUAGGGUUUUAAGAGUGAUAGACAGACGGAGACAGAGAGAUGAGCGUAUGGAACUAUGUGGUGACGGCUCACAAGCCAACUAACGUUACGCAUUCCUGCGUCGGCAAUUUUACUGGUCCGCAGGAGCUCAAUCUCAUCAUCGCGAAAUGCACUCGAAUCGAGAUUCAUUUACUCACUCCUCAAGGUUUACAGCCAAUGUUGGAUGUGCCAAUAUAUGGAAGAAUUGCCACACUUGAGCUUUUUCGUCCACAUGGUGAAACACAAGAUCUGCUUUUCAUUGCAACUGAAAGAUACAAAUUCUGUGUUCUUCAAUGGGAUGCAGAGAUAUCUGAGGUUAUUACGAGGGCGAUGGGGGAUGUCUCUGAUCGAAUUGGCCGUCCCACAGAUAAUGGGCAGAUUGGCAUAAUUGACCCAGAUUGCAGAUUAAUUGGACUUCACCUAUAUGAUGGAUUAUUCAAGGUUAUACCAUUUGAUAACAAAGGCCAGCUGAAGGAAGCUUUUAACAUCAGGCUCGAGGAACUUCAAGUUUUGGAUAUCAAAUUCUUGUAUGGUUGUCCAAAGCCUACUGUUGUAGUUCUUUACCAGGAUAACAAAGAUGCUCGUCAUGUCAAAACAUACGAGGUUUCUUUGAAAGAUAAAGAUUUUAUUGAGGGUCCAUGGUCUCAAAAUAAUCUUGAUAAUGGAGCUGAUUUGCUCAUCCCUGUGCCAUCGCCCCUUUGUGGUGUGCUUAUUAUUGGGGAAGAAACCAUUGUAUAUUGUAGUGCCACAGCUUUUAAAGCAAUUCCCAUUAAACCUUCCACUACAAAAGCAUAUGGAAGGGUUGAUGCUGAUGGUUCUCGCUAUUUACUUGGGGAUCACAAUGGGCUUCUUCAUCUACUUGUUAUAACUCAUGAAAAAGAAAAAGUUACUGGACUAAAAAUUGAGCCCUUGGGAGAAACUUCAAUUGCAUCAACAAUUUCGUACCUGGAUAAUGCUGUUGUCUAUAUUGGAUCUAGUUUUGGUGAUUCACAGCUUAUAAAGCUUAAUUUCCAGCCUGAUUCAAAAGGUUCUUAUGUAGAAGUUUUAGAAAGAUAUGUCAAUUUGGGACCAAUUGUGGACUUCUGUGUGGUUGAUCUUGAAAGGCAAGGUCAAGGUCAGGUCGUAACUUGCUCAGGGGCAUAUAAAGAUGGAUCUCUUCGAGUUGUUCGGAAUGGAAUCGGUAUUAAUGAACAGGCAUCUGUAGAACUUCAAGGAAUCAAGGGGAUGUGGUCACUUAGAUCUGCUACAGAUGAUGCAUAUGACACUUUCUUAGUUGUGAGCUUUAUUAGCGAGACACGAAUUUUGGCAAUGAACCUUGAGGAUGAACUGGAAGAAACUGAGAUAGAAGGUUUUAACUCUCAAGUACAGACUUUGUUUUGCCAUGAUGCUGUUUACAAUCAGCUGGUGCAGGUUACUUCAAACUCAGUGAGAUUGGUCAGCUCUACCUCCAGAGAGCUGAAAGAUGAAUGGCAUGCUCCAGCCAAUUUUUCAAUCAAUGUUGCCACAGCAAAUGCCACACAGGUAUUAUUGGCUACAGGGGGUGGUCAUUUAGUUUACCUAGAAAUUGGUGACGGAAGGUUGAUUGAAUCAAAACAUGCGAAGUUGGAGUAUGAUAUCUCCUGCCUGGACAUAAAUCCAAUUGGUGAUAUUCCAAACUAUAGUCAUCUAGCUGCAGUGGGGAUGUGGACUGACAUAAGUGUUAGAAUGUAUUCACUACCUGAAUUGAAUCUCAUUAGAACGGAGCAGUUGGGAGGAGAAAUAAUUCCUCGCUCUGUUCUUCUGUGCUCCUUUGAAGGGAUAUCUUAUUUGCUAUGUGCCCUUGGAGAUGGUCAUCUCAUGAGUUUCAUUUUGAACAUGCGUAGUGGUGAGCUAGCAGAUAGAAAGAAAGUGUCUCUUGGAACUCAACCCAUAACACUCCGUACUUUCUCAUCAAAGAAUGCGACACAUGUUUUUGCUGCUUCUGAUAGACCAACUGUCAUAUACAGCAGUAACAAGAAACUCCUUUACAGCAAUGUGAACCUUAAAGAAGUUAGUCAUAUGUGUCCUUUCAACUCUGCUGCCUUUCCAGACAGCCUUGCAAUUGCCAAAGAAGGUGAGCUAACAAUUGGCACCAUUGAUGACAUUCAGAAGCUGCAUAUUCGCUCGAUUCCACUCGGAGAGCAUGCACGUCGUAUCUGCCAUCAAGAACAGACCAGGACAUUUGCCAUAUGUAGUUUGAAGUAUAAUCAGGCAACUGCAGAUGAUUCUGAAAUGCAUUUUAUCCGCUUGCUAGAUGACCAAACAUUUGAGUUCAUAUCAACUUACCCACUUGAUCAAUUUGAGUAUGGUUGUUCCAUACUUAGCUGCUCCUUCUCUGAUGAUAGUAAUGUGUACUACUGUGUUGGAACUGCAUAUGUGAUGCCAGAGGAAAAUGAACCUUCAAAGGGACGAAUAUUAGUUUUUAUUGUUGAAGAUGGGAAGCUCCAACUAAUUGCAGAGAAAGAAACUAAGGGAGCCGUAUACUCUUUAAAUGCCUUCAAUGGAAAAUUACUUGCGGCAAUUAAUCAAAAGAUUCAGUUAUACAAGUGGAUGCUGCGUGAUGAUGGAACACGUGAAUUGCAGUCAGAAUGCGGACAUCAUGGUCAUAUAUUAGCCCUCUAUGUUCAAACUCGUGGAGAUUUUAUUGUUGUAGGUGAUCUGAUGAAAUCAAUUUCUCUGUUAAUAUACAAGCAUGAGGAGGGUGCUAUUGAGGAGCGAGCCCGUGAUUACAAUGCUAAUUGGAUGUCAGCUGUUGAGAUUCUUGAUGAUGACAUUUACCUUGGUGCUGAGAACAAUUUCAACCUCUUCACAGUUCGGAAAAAUAGCGAAGGUGCCACUGAUGAGGAGCGCAGCCGUCUUGAUGUGGUCGGUGAAUACCACCUCGGUGAGUUUGUUAAUAGGUUCCAACAUGGUUCUCUGGUCAUGCGGCUGCCAGACUCAGAUGUUGGCCAGAUACCGACCAUCAUUUUUGGCACGGUGAAUGGCGUUAUCGGAGUCAUUGCCUCACUUCCACACGACCAGUACAUCUUCUUGGAGAAACUGCAAACAAACUUGAGGAAAGUGAUAAAGGGUGUGGGAGGGCUGAGCCACGAGCAAUGGAGGUCCUUUUAUAAUGAAAAGAAAACCGUCGAAGCCAAGAACUUCUUGGAUGGAGAUUUAAUCGAAUCUUUCCUAGACCUUAGUCGGGUUCGGAUGGAAGAGAUAUCGAAGGCUAUGGCCGUUUCUGUGGAGGAACUCAUGAAGAGAGUAGAAGAGUUGACAAGGUUGCACUAA